AUGCCGGACGCGACAUACUCCCCCGUCUCGCCGGCGCCUUCACAUGAAGAUUCCCGUCGGCCAAGCCCGGAGCCUCAUCCGGAGCCUCAUCCGGCGCCAACAGAGGAGCCAGCAGAGGAGCCAGCAGAGGACCCAAGCAAAGAAACCGAAACACCAGAGGGGAAUGUCAAGCCUUCACUAUGGAAAUUCAUCUCUGACCUAUUCAUCUGGGAGAUUUUGGCCAUGUUCAUCUCAUCGGGGCUUUUGAUUGCGAUCAUUGUGAUUCUGGACAAAUAUAACAACCAGCCUCAGCCAACCUGGAAAUAUGUAUCUCUUAACUCGGUUGUGUCAUGGUUGAGUACUCUGUCGAAAGGCUGUGUAUUGUUCACUCUGAGUGAAGGCAUUGGGCAGCUGAAAUGGGUCUGGUUUACCCAGAAGACCCAGCCUUUGGUGGAUCUGGGCACCUUUGACGGGGCUAGCCGUGGGAUAUGGGGAUGUGCAGGCCUCAUUUGGAGACUACGAGCAAAGCAUUUUGCAGCCUUGGGCAGCUUGGCUGUCAUUCUUGGUCUUGCAUUUGAUCCAUUCAUCCAGAACUUGAUUCACUACUACCCGAAGCUCAUCAUUGAUCCUUCGGGAACUGCAGAUGUAUCCAGCAACUCCAUCUACUCGGCCAUGGGGCCACCAUUGGGAAUUGGGGACUUCUAUCUCCAUGCAGAGAUGAAGGCAAAUAUCUACAACGCCCUCUUUAACAGUGACGAGUCCAAGCCAUGGUCUAUCCCCAGAUAUACAUGCAGCUCUGGAAACUGCACCUGGGAUCCAAUCGCUACGCUGGAAAUGCAGGCGAGCUGCACCAACAUCACCGACAAACUGAAAUACGAAAUAUACAAUGGUACAAAUGGCUCCCGCAACCCCAACACAACAGAACAGAGCCAGUCAAUCACUCUUCAGAGUGGAACCAAAAACCUCACUGCCGAUGUCGUCGUGAAAAGUGUCUGGGGAACACCCGUGGCGCUGGGGUCUAUUUCACCAAUCAUCUACAAUGACACUAUCAUACCUCCCAUCCAACUCAUUGCCCCAGACGGCCUGCUGGGCAAUGCGAUAUGGGGAUCAUCAAAGGAUGGGGAACUUAUGCACCUCACAUGGCAAGCGAUAGAAUGCAGCAUCUCCCCAAUCGUACGCAGCAUCCGUCCCCGAGUCUCACGCGGAAAAUACUACGAGGACGUUCUCGACACUUGGAAAAACGGCACCUUCGAAAGCUAUCCACUGGGAAGCCCCUACAACCUGAAGCCCAAUUGGGGCCCAGACAAAGGUCUGAAGAAAGGCAAGAGCUUCACGAUAGCCAAGCAAUCCCUGACAUCGAUCCGAUACUUCUUCACCAACUUCUUCUCUGGCCGAAUGGCACUCACCCCAUUUGAUCUCAGCUUUGUUUCAGAUACCUCCACCUCGACGGGGAUGGGAAGCCAAAUGACGUCGACGUCGAAUUACGCUAGUGGGGAUCUGAUGCAGCUGAUGACCGUUUCGAACAUAACUGAUUGCAACCUUUCCACUGCUGAGAAGCUUCGGUGUGCGAUGGAGCAUGUCGCCCAGGCUAUGACGAAGGCUAUUCGGGAUCAAUCGUCGUCUUUGCCUGCGAAUUUGACUAGUUCUUCUGGAGAUGCGAUGACGAGCGCCACUCAUAUCGCCAUUCAUUGGCAGUGGAUUGUGCUUCCUGCGUUGGUUUGGCUGCUUGGUCUUGUUACGUUGGUGGGGACUAUGUGGAAGACUCGACGGGCGAUGAUUCCUGCGUGGAAGAAUGAGACGAUGCCUAUCAUUGAUUUGUGCAGGAACAGUCAGAAUGAGAAGCCGCAGACGGAUGAAGGGUUGCCGACUGAGAGGGCUAGGUUAUAUGAAAGUGAUGGGAGGAUGGUGAUGUGUGGAUAG